CUUGUCGCGCAUACUGACAGGUAGGGUCGUUAUCGCUCCAACAGUUUGAUUCCCCUCUUCCCCUCCCAGCAUGGCUGCAGACUCGAUGGAGAUUGACGACUCUCUGUACAGCCGCCAGCGCUAUGUGCUGGGAGACAGUGCUAUGCACCAGAUGGCCCAGUCCUCAGUCUUUCUAAGUGGAAUGGGAGGCCUGGGAAUAGAGAUAGCAAAGAAUAUUGUUCUGGCUGGUGUGAAGACAGUCACCCUUCAUGACACAAAGCAAUGUGAGACCUGGGAUCUGGGCUCUAACUUCUUCAUUCGCAAAGAGGAUGUAUUGAACCAGAGGAAAAGGGGGGAGGCGGUGUGCCCUCGGGUUGCAGAGUUGAACCCUUAUGUCCAUGUUGACUUGUCCUCUGUUGCUCUGGAUGACAACACCGAUCUCAGCUUUCUCAGAAAGUAUCAGUGUGUGAUUCUGACGGAAGCCAGAUUGAGCCUGCAGAAGAGAGUAAAUGAGUUCUGCCACUUGCAACAACCACCGAUCAGAUUCAUUGGCUGUGAUGCGUAUGGGAUCUGUGCGCGAGUGUUUUGUGAUUUCGGAGAGGAGUUUGAGGUGUCAGAUCCCACAGGAGAAGAACCCAAGGAGAUUUUCAUCCAAAGUAUCACUAAGGACAAUCCUGGUGUGGUAACUUGCAUGGACAACCAACCUCAUGGCCUACAGACAGGCCAGAGUGUUGUCUUCAGAGAGGUCAAUGGCAUGAAGGAACUCAAUGGCACUGCACGUCAAGUUUCAGUCCUCUCUCCUUACAGUUUUGCAAUAGGAGACACAUCUCAGCUACAAAUAUAUGAACACGGAGGUUUCUUUGUCCUGUUGAAAUCCCCUAAGACAUACAGAUUUGAAACAUUAGAGAGACACCUGUGUGAUCCUCAGGUUCUGACUCCAGACUUCAGUAAACCAGAGGCCCCGCUACAGAUCCAUGCAGCCAUGUUGGCCCUGGACACCUUUCAGGAGCAGCACAGUAGACUUCCCAAUACUGGGUGUGUACAGGAUGCUGAAGUCUUACUGAAGCUAACCGACGAGGUCAAUGCAACACUCAGGGACAAAGCCCCUGUGAAUACAGAGUUGGUGUGCUGCCUGUCGAGGACAGCGAGGGGGACUCUCCCUCCAUUAGCAGCAGCUGUAGGAGGCCUAGCCAGUCAGGAAGUGCUCAAGGCCAUCACUGGGAAGUUUGCACCCCUGCAGCAGUUGUUUUAUCUCGAUGCCAUUGAGGUUGUUCGGCCACUUCAGUCUCUGCCUGCUGAGGAGUUUUUCCCCAGAGGAGAUCGAUAUGAUGGAUUACGAGCUUGCAUUGGUGAAUCGAUGUGUGAGGAACUACACAAGCUCAGGGUAUUCAUGGUGGGCUGUGGUGCCAUAGGCUGUGAAAUGCUGAAAAACUUUGCCCUGCUUGGAGUGGGACUGGCCAAGAGCUCAGGAGAGGUGUGCAUCACAGAUCCUGACCUUAUAGAAAAGUCCAACCUGAAUCGGCAGUUUCUCUUCCGACCACAUCAUAUACAGAAACCGAAGAGUACCACUGCAGCAGAAGCCACUCUGGAGAUUAACCCUGACUUGCAGGUGGAUGCUCACCUCAAUAAGGUGUGUCCAGCUACUGAGGGUAUCUACAGUGACACCUUCUACUCCCGCCUGAACCUUGUGGUCACUGCACUGGACAACGUGGAAGCUCGGAGAUAUGUGGACUGCCGCUGUGUAUCAAAUCAGAGACCUCUCCUGGACUCUGGCACCAUGGGAACUAAAGGACACACAGAAAUCAUUGUGCCAAAUUUGACAGAGUCCUACAAUAGCCAUAGAGACCCCCCAGAAGAGGAAAUCCCAUUCUGCACUCUUAAGUCUUUCCCUUCUGUCAUAGAGCACACCAUCCAGUGGGCCAGGGACAAGUUUGAGAAUUUGUUCGCCCACAAGCCCUCUAUGUACAACUCCUUCUGGCAGACCCACUCCUCAGCUGAAGUUGUGCUACAGAGGAUGCAGGGGGGGGAAAGUCUGGAGGGGUCAUUCCAGGUCAUAAAGCUGCUAAGCAGGUGGCCUAGCCAGUGGAGACAGUGCAUCACUGUAGCUCGUCUGAAAUUUGAAAAGUAUUUUACAAGAAAGGCCCGACAACUGUUGCACUCUUUCCCCCUUGACACAAGGUUAAAAGAUGGAAGUUUGUUUUGGCAGUCACCAAAAAGACCUCCAGCACCUAUUGAAUUUGACCUGAAAGACACUUUGCACUUCACUUUCAUUGUCAGCAUGGCCCGGCUCUUGGCAGGGAUUUAUAACAUCCCUUACUCAGAGAACGACGUCUCUGAAGAGGCGGUGAACCGGAUUCUUUCUGAUGUCAAGAUUCCCGAGUACAGGCCCUCACAGAAAUGUAUAGAAACAGAUGAGACGGCAAAGAAGCCUGACUUUAUGAAGAUGCCUCUAAGCAGUGAAGAGGAGAGAGAGGCCAUCAUACAGCUGGAGCAGGCUAUCGCUACUGACGUCACACUAGAGAGGCUACGGAUGAGACCAGUGCUGUUUGAAAAGGACGAUGACAGUAAUGGCCACAUGGACUUUGUUGCAUCAGCAUCUUCUCUCAGAGCCAAUAUGUACUCCAUUGAGCCAGCUGACAGACUCAAGACCAAACGCAUCGCUGGCAAGAUCAUCCCUGCUAUUGCCACGGCAACAGCUGCUGUAGCUGGACAGGUGGCCCUGGAGAUGAUUAAAGUGGUUGGAGGCUAUGAGUUUGAGUCUUUCAAAAACUGCUUCUUUAACUUGGCCAUUCCUGUAAUGGUGCUCACUGAGCCUGCCCCAGUUAAACAGACACUUAUCAGGGACAACAUCUACUUUUCCAUCUGGGACUGUUGGACUAUCGUUGGCCAUGAGGACUUCACUCUGUCUGACUUCAUGAAUGCAGUGAGGGAGAAGUAUGGAAUUGAACCCACUAUGGUCGUCCAUGGUGUGAAGAUGCUCUAUGUGCCUGUGAUGCCUGGACACUCGAAGAGACUCAAACUCACGAUGCAGAAGCUGAUCAAGCCAUCAGUGGACCGCCGCUACGUUGACCUCACCGUGUCGUUCGCUCCGGAGGCAGACGGAGAUGAGGACCUCCCUGGCCCACCUGUCAGGUACUACUUCAGCCACAACGGAGAGACGCCCUGACACCUUCCUAGACAUCAUCCUCAAACCUCCUGUGUCCUUACGUCCCUUCUUUCAUGUAUACUAUUGUACCCCAAUUACCUGGGCCAGGGCCAAGAGCUUUCCCCCAGGAUGUUAUAUGACGCUGGUAAAGCUCCUGGCCCCAGCACGAGCCUCCCCCGUACUUCAUGGAGCAAGAAAAGACCAGCCCUGGUUCCUGUUUUUCUUGCCGCAGAUCUAGCCAGUGGAACAUGAGGCUGCUUCAGUAGCACUUAACUGUACUUGUGUACAUACAUUUUCUCUGUUCUGUUUUCUACUCUGGUGAAAUGCACAGCUCCGCCUGUGUCGAUGCCUUAAUUGAUUAAUAAUGUUUUUUUUGGCAGUGAGUCUGACUAAAAACUGUUUACAGAAACCUGCAAACUCCCAGCAUCUCAUUUGUGUUUUAAAUCUACUAGGCCCUAAAAAGAGGUGGUGGGAGGACUGUUGGGGACAAUAAAGUGGAUUUGUAGAUAGUAGGCAUCAUAUCUUUGUCCUCUCCUCCCCCUGGCUUUAAAAAUAUUGCCAACCACAAAAUUGGCCAGUUGCUGGGCCAUCUCCCCUUGUAUAAACAGGUCAAGCCAUUAUUUGUUGAAUAAUUUGGAGGUGUAAAAGGUCAGUGGACAACAGAGAAACCACCAAAGAUACAAAGUUUUGUUGUCUGCAGAUGAUUGUUCUCUUUUAUGAUCACUUUGCCUCAUAAAAACACAUUUAUAUCACAGCGGAGCAAGAGCAACACACAUCGAGAGUCUUGACUAAAACUGCAACAAAAAAAAUUGUUGGCUAUCUAUUUUAAUAACUGAUUAAUAAUUGUGGGUUAUAUUUAAAGAAAACAUGUCCAAAUUCUGAUUCCAUACUCAAAUGUCAGUAUUUUCUUUUCUGUUUUAUUUAGUUUUCUGUGACAGUAAACUAAAUAUAUUUGGGUUGUGGCUUGAUAGUUAGGACAAAAGAAGACAUUUGAAGACGUCACCUUGGGAUUUAGGAAUUGUUGAUCAACAUUUUUUACCAAUUUAUAGACCAAGGGAUUAAUCGAGAAUAUUGAUAGAUUAAUCAAUACUGAAAAUAACCAGUAGUUGCAGUACUAGUCUUGACGUGCUUCAUACCAUGUUGACAUGGGUCAGUUUGUGGGGAUAUAUCAAUGUCCUGUUUCCCAGAACUGAAACACGUCAACCGUUGAGAGAGAAGCAGCAGUUUUUUUCAAAUGGCUCCGCAGAUCGGGACAUCAUGGCUGCAGUACCUUGUCUACUUCUUCUGUGUGGAGUACAUGGUUGAUGUGUGCUACAGGCAUCAAUGGAUGUGUUGCUUUGUGACGUAGCCAGUGUGUGUAUCACUCCACACUAUGGAUAAAACCACCUGCUAGUAACUGUUAGUCUUGCCUACGUUGUUUAACAUAUUGGUAAUGGCAUCAGUUAACACAUUUGGGUAAACAGUAUGUCCAUUAAUUUAAGUCACUGCAUGAGUUGAAACGCUGUUUCACAGAAAAGUUUUUUUUUUGACGAACAUGAAACCGUAUCAACAUCUGAAAUCACACUCCUACCGUUUUAAACUUCUUCUUUUUUUAAAUCGUAACUGUUCAUGAUUUAUUUGUUGCAUUUGUUUAUAGAUGUGUGUCCAUGACAUGUAUUUAUUUACUUGUUACUCAUUUUUGUCAGUUUCUGUGUCAAACUGAGCCAAUUAAUGAGCUCUGAGUCAUGGUGCACUGGUUAAUUGUUAAUCAAUGAUGAACAAAUUCAUCCUAAAAGUGUUUAUCCAGAUGUGUAAAUUGCCUUCUUUUUAGUUUUGAAAAGGGUAUUUGAAACGGUCAUCAUUGGCUUACAGUGACGAUAAUGUUAAUAUACUUUUGAAUAGAAUCAUUUAAAAAUCUCGUUCUCUUACAGGUUAUCAUUUGUGUCAGAAAAAAUUACCUUCUGGCCUAUAGCCAAACUAAGACUGAAGUCACACAAAAUGCUUCCUUUAACACAUGUAUUUCUCUCCUAAUAAACGAAGGUGGUGAAUUUCACUUUGCAAAGAAAAUGUCUCAUACUGACAACACUUCUCGUGCAGUGAAUGUCAUAAGUGUACAACAAAAGAGUGUUAACGAGUGACAAUUAUAAUGAUGUAUGUUCCUUUGACAGACAACUCAACCAAUGGUCCAAUAAAAUGUGAGUUUUCGGGAUGUCCU